AUGGCCCAUCUGAAUUUCCGCACUUUCGUCGAAGCUCUCAAGGCGGAUGGCGAUCUCGUCGAAAUUAACGAGCCGAUCGACCCCAAUCUUGAAGCCGCAGCUAUCACUCGCCGCGUAUGCGAAACCGACGACAAAGCGCCUCUCUUCAACAACCUCAUUGGCAACCAAAAUGGUCUUUUCCGCAUCCUCGGUGCACCAGCCUCCCUCCGUGCCUCGCCCAAAGAUCGCUAUGGCCGUCUUGCCCGCCAUUUGGCUUUACCACCCACCGCGUCGAUGCGCGAGAUCCUCGACAAAAUGUUGUCUGCCUCGGAACUGCCCCCCCAUCGCCCCGCGCAUUGUCGAGUCUGGCCCCUGCAAAGAAAACGUUCUCCUCGACGGUGA